UUUCUUCGCCUUCCUCUCUUCUUCUCCUGGGUCUUGAAGAUACAUGAAUCAACAUCUCAUUGUUAUGAAUGUUGAUGCAUUCUUUUAUGUAAACAUAACUUCUUACAGGUGACCUCUCUGAAAGAUUAUAAGGUUCUUUACAAAAACUUGUUGAGCUUAGCUGGUGAAUGAAGUAGUAGUAGAAAUUCUCAAAAAGGAAAAUGGGUGGCUGCGUUUCUUCCCAGAGAAAACUCAGCAACAAGCUUCAACAGAAGAAGCAGAAACGUGGCAGAUCUGGCAAAUGUCGGUCCAAAAUCUCGGCUUCUAUGCCCGAUGUUCCUAUGAAACGCAUGAGUAAUGCGAGUGUCAGGGAUUUUGCGGUGAGCGAAUAUGUUCAUCUUGAUUUCGACAAUUGCGCAGCCAAGAUGAUGUGUAAGAGAGCUGAGAUGUCUAAUGCUAACUUCCAUUUAACUCAGCUUCAAUGGAACUGCAGCCAAAUCGAUGGAAACCGAAUUUCACAUGAGGAGGCUUGGUAUGAUUCUUUUAGCUACAUCGAUUCUGAUUCUGAUGAUGGUUCAAAUAGUAGUGUCUUUGAAGAUGCAAAUGCUUCUGCAAUGGGACAAGUGAUUCAGUAUGAAGAAUUCUACGAAAGUUACCUGAAAAUAGAUGGAAACAAGGGUGAGACAUACUCGAGCAAGAAUGAAGUUAGUAUAAAGAGAAACCAAGUGGCUGAUGAAUCUCAUCAUGAAACCUUCAAGACUACUACUUGUGAAGAUCAUCAAGAUCACAGAAAGAAAUCAUCAAAAGUUGUUAUGGUUUCUGUGCGAAGAACAUCUAUUGAUAGCAAAUCAACAGCAUCUGAAUUCUCUUCAGCUGAGAAGCUCUUGUAUCGUCCAAAAGCCGGUUCUGUGAUUCAACGUUCUUUGGGAGAGAAGCUGACCAGUCAAGGAAGCUGGUCAGAAGUUUCUCCAUCGAGUUUCAAGCUCCGUGGACUGAAUUUCUUCAGAGACAAGCAAAAGUGUCCUGCACCAAAUUGUAGUCCCUACAUACCAAUUGGAGUCGAUCUUUUCGCAUGUCCUAAAAAGAUCAACCACAUUGCUCAACACAUUGAGCUCCCUAAUCUGAAACCGUCGUCAUCACAAGUCUGCGAUAUCCCCAAUCUCUUGAUUGUGAACAUCCAGCUUCCAAUGUAUCCAACCUCUAUGUUUGGUGACUAUGAUGGUGAAGGACUUAGCUUAGUCUUAUACUUCAAACGCAAUGAGAAUUAUCACAAAGAAAUCUCAUCUCACUUUAAAGAAACCAUCAAGAGAUUUAUGGAUGAUGAAAUGGAGAAAGUCAAAGGAUUCACAAGAGAAACAACAGUUCCAUUCAGAGAGAGGUUAAAGAUCAUGGCAGGUUUGGUGAAUCCUGAGGAUCUUCAGCUAAGUUCUACUGAGAGAAAACUUAUCACAGCUUACAACGACAGACCGGUUCUUUCUCGUCCGCAACACGAUUUCUUUCAGGGACCAAACUACUUUGAGAUCGAUUUGGAUAUACACAGAUUCAGUUACAUAUCGAGGAAAGGACUCGAAUCUUUCAGGGAUCGUAUCAAGAAUGGGAUUCUUGAUCUGGGUUUAACUAUUCAGGCUCAAUCACCAGAGGAACUUCCAGAGCAAGUAUUGUGUUGUGUCAGGCUGAACAAGAUUGAUUUCGUGAAUCACGGACAGAUUCCAACGCUUUUAACUAACAAACAAUAAUGAGAUUUCGGAUCUGAUUCACUA